CCCACAGUUCUCGGUUUCACUCACUGAUCAUCGAUAUCAGUGUUAACUCUAUCAGCAUCAUGACCCCUCCAACACCAAGACUGUUUCUUAUUCGACAUGGUGAAACAGAAUGGUCCCUGAAUGGACGGCACACUGGAACAAGCGACAUUCCUCUGACAGUCCGUGGAGAGGAACAAAUCAAGUCCAAAGCACACGUCUUGGUCGGCGAAGGCAAACCCAUCGAUCCACAGAAUCUCUGUGUUGCCCUUAUAUCUCCUCGUCAGCGAGCGCACAGAACAUUCCACCUGUUAUUCGAACAUUUGUCCAAGGUCCCGGACCAUAUCAUCGAUGAGUCCGUUAGAGAAUGGGACUAUGGGAAGUACGAAGGCUUGUUCAAACAUGAAAUUCUUGCCAUAGACCCUAAAUGGGAUAUUUGGAGAGACGGCUGUCCCGGAGGCGAGAGUGCUCAGGAGAUGCGCGAUCGCGUUGAUUCUGUGAUCGCUAAGGUUCGUGAGUACCAUAGACAAUAUUUCGAAGAGGGCAAGGGAACACGCGACGUGCUAAUCAUUGCUCAUGGCCACUUCAAUCGUGUCCUCAUUUCCCGAUGGAUAAAAUUCGAACUCGCUUUAGGAACUCGUUUCAACGUUGAACCUGGAGGAGUCUCUGUCCUGAGCUAUAAUCAUAACUCCCUCGAUGAACCAGCUUUGAAUGCUUUGAAUCUGUAUGCUGACCUCAAGUAGUUUGUUGUAUGUGCUAGAUGUAGACCUUGAGACCUUGUCACAGGCUUCGAAAUAUGUGAAUUUGUGUUCCCUA